AUGGGGGUGGAGGCGGCACAAAGGGAGCGGGAGCCGGCGGUGUGGCUGGGGUCACGGCACGACGGCGGCUGGCCGUCGCCUGUUUCCUUCCUUGCGGCCAGUGUUGGGAACGCUCGGGCCGGCGUCGGGGCUAUCCAAGUCGACAUGGCGGUUGUGAUGAUGUCGACCUCACUCGUCCCGCUCUCUGCCGUCUGUUGUUCCUGGAGCCGGUCGACUGACAUUGUACCGGCGAGCGACACGGGACCAAAACCUGUCCCCGCUUUGCACUUAGAAACUACGCCGCUCGCAGCAAUUCGUGAAGGAAAAUGCAACAACGCCGGCCGCGCCCCGCCAAUAUUCUGCGUGGGGCAGCUCUUAGCGGCCCAAGACAGAGACACCGCCGGCGAACACAGCUGCCUAAAAUGGCUCGACAAACAGCCUAGCAAAAGCGUCGUCUACAUAUGCUUCGGCAGUCUAGGUUUAGUCUCAGCAUCUCAAUUAAAAGAGAUAGCUGAGGGUUUAGAGAGAAGCGGCCACAGAUUCCUGUGGGUGGUCCGGUCGCCGCCGCCGGAGGACAAAUCCAAAACGUUCCUACCGCCUUCGGAGCCGGACUUGGAUGCUCUCCUGCCGCCCGGGUUCGUAGACAGGACGAGGGAGAGGGGGAUGGUGGUGAAGGGGUGGGCCCCGCAGGUGGCGGUUUUGAGCCACGUGGCGGUGGGAGGGUUGGUGACGCACUGUGGGUGGAACUCGGCUCUGGAGGCGGUGUGGGAGGGCGUGCCGAUGGCCACGUGGCCGCUCUACGCGGAGCAGCAUUUUAAUAGGGUGGUGAUGGUGGAGGGGCUGGGGGUGGCGGUGGGGGUGGAGGAGGGGAAGGGGGGGCUGGUGGCGGCGGAGGAGGUGGAGAGGGGAGUGAGGGAGUUGAUGGAGGGUGUGAGUGUGAGGAAGGUGUUGGAGGAGAAGAGGAAGGAGGCGAGGGCGGCGAUGGAGGAGGGAGGUGAGUCUGUUGCUGCGAUGGGAAAGCUUAUUGAUUUGUGGAAGUCUUGAUUAAGUUUAAUUAAUUGGGGUUAAAUCUCUACAUCUUCACUAAUAAGUAGGGAUUUGGUGUAUGUUUUGGGAGUUCGAAUUAUUUGCAUGCACAAUUAUACGUGCAAUUAUUAUCUACACUGGUGGACAUGAGAUUUAUUGUUACA